AAUUUAUAAUGAGAUCGAGGUUCUUUAUCCUGAUUCAUUUAAAGGAUUGUAUAGCUUAACUAUGCUGAACAUCUCCGACAAUCGUAUCAGCGUAUUACUCCCAGGAAUAUUUUCACCAAUGAAGUAUAUAAACCAGAUAUACCUUGCAAGAAAUCAAAUAAGUCACCUCAGCGCGGGUAUCUUUACGAAUAUGAAGUACUUAGGAAUACUAGAUCUAUCUGGAAACAACCUUAAGAUCGUCAAAGCAGAACCAUUCGCCGGACUGCAAUUGCAACAAAUUUUGCUUGGAAAUAACCAAAUAUCGCACAUCGAAAACAACGCGCUCAACGACAGCAGCAGUGAACUGAAUCUUAUGUAA